AGUGCGUAUUUAAACCGGGCCAUGGCAGUCCGCUGAGCCCCCGCGAACCAUGCCGAAGCCCGGGCUGCCGUCCGCGCUGCUGCUGCUCGGCGUCUCCCUGGUCGCGCUGGGUCUCCUGCCCGCCUCCUCCGCAGACCCGAGCUCGGGGGAUCGCGGGACUCGGGGACCGGUGGCGCUGGCUCACUCCGCCGCCGCCGCCGCUGAGGAGCCAGCUGUUCCCGGGGUCGGAGCGGAGGACGGGUCCGGGGAGCAGCAUCAGCACCACGGGCACGGCGGAGGGUACAAGGUGGUCCAAUGGGAGUGGAGCUACGUGCAGACUCCGUACAUCAUCGCCAUCUGGCUCCUGGUGGCGAGCGUGGCCAAGAUCCUUUUCCACUUCUCCCAGCGCUUCACCACCGUGGUCCCGGAGAGCUGCAUGCUGAUCCUGCUGGGUCUGGUGUUGGGCGGGAUCGUGCUCAUCGCCAAUAAGAAGCAGCUGUACCAGUUAGAACCCGCCCUCUUCUUCCUCUUCCUGCUGCCGACCAUAGUGGGGGAUGCCGGGUACUUCAUGCCCGCCAGACUCUUCUUCGAUAAUCUGGGCGCCAUUUUGACGUACGCCGUGGUCGGGACUCUGUGGAACGCCUUCUGCACCGGAUUCUCUCUGUACGCCGCCAAAGUGCUCAAUGUCAUAGAUGAGAAGGUCCAGGCCGAUCUGAUGGACUUCCUGUUGUUCGGCGCUCUGAUCUCGGCCGUGGACCCCGUGGCCGUGCUGGCGGUUUUCGAGGAAGUGCACGUGAACGACACCCUCUUCAUCAUCGUCUUCGGAGAGUCUCUGGUCAACGACGCCGUCACCGUGGUUUUGUACAAAGUCUACAUCUCGUUCGUGGAGGUGGGACCGAAGAACGUUCAGACCGCGGAUUACUUCAAAGGCGUUGCGUCGUUCCUGAUCGUGAGUAUCGGUGGGACUCUCGUGGGUCUGUUUUUUGCCGUGAUCCUCGGCUUCAUCACCAGAUUCACUAAAAAGGUUCGGAUCAUCGAGCCGCUCUUCGUCUUCCUCCUCGUGUAUCUGGCCUAUCUGACGGCCGAGCUCUUCUCCCUCUCCGCCAUUUUAUCGAUGACGUUCUGUGGCAUCGGCGCCAACAAAUACGUGGAGGCGAACAUCUCUCAGAAGUCUCGCACCACGGUGAAGUACACGAUGAAGACUCUGGCCAGUAUCGCCGAGACCAUCAUCUUCAUCUUUCUGGGGAUCUCCGCCGUGGACAAGUCCAAGUGGGCCUGGGACACGGGGCUGGUCUCCUGCACGCUCAUCUUCAUCUUCAUCUUCAGGGCCGUCGGAGUGGUGGGACAGACGUGGGUGUUGAACCGGUUUCGUCUGGUUCCUCUGGAUAAGAUCGACCAGGUGGUGAUGUCGUACGGCGGCCUGAGGGGGGCGGUGGCGUUCGCUCUGGUCGUGCUGUUGGACGGAGAACAAGUCAAGGCCAAGGAUUAUUUCGUGGCCACAACAAUCGUCGUGGUUUUCUUCACCGUCAUGUUUCAGGGUCUGACAAUCAAACCUUUGGUGAAGUGGCUCAAAGUUCCGCGAUCCACAAGCCGAAAACCAACCAUCAACGAAGAGAUCCACGAGAGAGCGUUUGACCACAUCCUGACCGCCGUGGAGGACAUCGCUGGACUACAGGGAUAUCACCACUGGAGAGACAAGUGGGAGCAGUUUGAUAAGAACUACCUGAGUAAACUUCUGCUGAGGAAGUCUGUGUACAGGAAGAGCGAGCUGUGGGAGGCCUACCAGAAAAUCAACAUCCGAGACGCCAUCAGUGUCAUAGACCAGGGUGGUAAUGUUUUGACGUCAGCUCGUCUCUCUCUCCCCUCGAUGGCCUCCAGAGCCUCAUUCCCAGAGUUCACCAACGUCACCAACUACCUACGAGAGAACGGCAGCGGUGUGUGUCUGGACCUGCAGGUGAUCGAUAACGUCCCCGGAGCCAAAGUGGAGGAGGACACAGAAACUCACCACGUUCUAGCCGGAAACCUGUACAAACCACGCAGACGGUACCAGUCCCACUACAGCCGUCACUUCAUGCCUCUGGGGGAGAAGGAGCGUCAGGAUCGAGAGGUUUUCCAGAGAAACAUGAAAUAUCGAAUGGAGAGCUCCAAGUCCACAAGACACAAGAGACACAAGAAGGAACGCAGCAUAAAGAAGCGACGUGGAUCCGAUGCGAAGGAGGAGAGCUCAGAGAAACCCAGACGCAACGUCAGCUGGCACGACAAAGAGCCGGUGCUGGUGCCUGUGGACUCUGAAGACGAUAAAGGAGAACCCUCGGAGAAAGAGGAGGACGAGGGAAUCACGUUUGUGGCACGAAAAGUCGAGACCCCGAAACCAAGACCCAAAUCAGUCCCUGCAGCUACAGAGGUGUCCAGCAGUCCCCUGGCGAGCCCACCCCCGCCCCCGAGCGUGGACACCCCUCUUCCCUGGAAAGGCGGCAUAGGGUCCCCUCCGCCCUGCGUCUCCGUGGAGGCCACCAAGAUCAUCCCUGUGGACCUCCAACAAGCCUGGAACCAGAGCAUCUCCUCCCUCGAGAGCAUCUCCUCCCCGCCGGCGCCCCCUGCUGCUGCCGCCGACGCCGUGCACCCCAGGAUCAGCGCCCUCUCCCGGAUCGGAGCCUCCCGCCCUGCCUCCUACACCCCCUCCAGUAGCUCCAGCUUUUUCAGUACCUCGAAUACGCAGUUAGUGCAAGGUUCGUUUUUGUUUCCAGAGAAGAGCCCCAAAGAAGAAGAGGAAGACGAGAGCUCGCACGAGUUACAGCCUUUAAUGUCGACGUUAAAACCGCCUACAGCUACGUCGUCGUCGUCAGCAAUGGCUCCACCUCCUCCUCCGCCAGGAUCUGCCCCGGGGCAAGGACGCAGGAAGCACCCCCGAGUGUUCCUCCGCAGCCUCGUGUCGGCGCCCCCUCCUGGCAGCACAGAGCCACGCAGCAGAGGACCAACCCAACUGUAGAGGUUUAGGAUACGAUACAGAUAAGAUACAAGAUUAAAGGCGCUGUACCUGAUUUUUACUGUCUUAAAAACGUAAAAAACAGAAAUAAGCAGUGUUUUAAGCAGUUUGCAGUGGUUCAAAGUUAUUCCUCACAUUCCGUAUUUUUCGGACUAUGAGGCGCAAUAUCAGUAAUGUUGAAUUCUCUCGUUUAUUUUCAUACGUAAGGCACACCGGAUUAUAAGAAGCAUUGGUAACACUUUAUAAUAACUA